AUGGAGGACGACGAUAGAGGGCUGGUUGUAGUUACUCGCAGUGGAAUUGUGGUAAUAGGUAAUUUGAUGGGAAAUAAAGAUGAUCAAAAGCAUGAAGAAAGUAAAGGCAUGGAGGAACAAGAGUUACUUAUUCAUCAAAACCUUGCCAAAAAACCACAUAAGGAAGUGGAACAACAUGUUCAAAUUCCAAAAGUCAUACAACCUUUACCCAAAAUACCUCCACCAUUUCCCCAACGCCUAAAGAAGAAGAAUGAAGAUGAGAAGUUCAAGAAAUGUUUAUCGGUGUUCAAGACACUAUCAGGCAACCUCCCCCUUGUGGAAGCAUUGUUGGAAAUGCCGGGGUACGCCAAGUUCAUGAAAGAGUUGGUCCCAAAGAAGAGAAGUUUGGAUUUUGAGACAGUUGAAGUUUCCCAUAGUUGCAGUGCAAUUAUGACUAAGGAGCUGAUAAAAAAUAGAGAAGAUCCUGGGGCAUUCACCAUUCUCUGCACCAUAGGCAUGCUCCAAUUCGCUAAAGCUUUAUGCGACCUAGGAGCAAGAAUCAACUUAAUGCCCUAUGCGAUGUACAAAAACCUCUGGUUGGGUGAACCGAAAACAACCACAAUGAGACUCUUCAUGGCAGACCGCUCAAUCAAAGAUCUCGUGGGGAUACUUUAUGACAUCUUGGUGAAGGUCGAUAGGUUCAUUUCUUUGGAUGAUUUUUUUAUUUUAGAUUGUGAAAUAGAUGUUGAAAUUCGCUUAAUUUUGGGAAGGCCAUUCUUAGCAACCGGGAGAGCAUUGGUAGAUGUUGAAAGUAGAGAAGUGAAGUUUUGGGUGAACGAAGAUGAAGUAACCUUUAAUAUUUUCAAAUCCAUGAAACCCCCAACUGAUAUUCAUGUGGUGUCCACUGAUGAUAUUAUCGAUAAGGCGGUGGAUAGCGUAAGCCAUUUGAUGUGCAUGAAUGAACCCCUAGAAGUUGUACUUGCUAAUUAUGAUGAAUCCGAAAUUCAAGGCUUUGGGGAGGUAGUAGUUGCUUUGACCGGUUUAGGAGGGUAUUCAAAGACUCCAAUCAAGUUGGAUAUUGACCUAAAAAAUAGAGAGAAUCCUCCCACAAAGCCAUCAACAGAAGAAUCACCUAAUCUGGAAUUGAAAGCACUUCCAUCUCAUCUCUGA